AUGACAAUCUCAGAAGCGCAAAAGCCCGUGUCGGUCCUCUUCGUCUGCCUGGGCAACAUCUGUACGUCCCCCCGCUUCGUUUCUACCAUCAUGCUAACAAAAUGUCCAAGGUNNCGCUCGCCAAUGGCCGAGGGCGUGUUCCGUCACAUCACAAACCACACACGACCCAAUGCACACCCCAUGAUCUCCUCCAUCGACUCUUGCGGUACCGGUGCAUACCACGUGGGCGACGAACCCGAUCCACGAACCAUCUCUGUCUUGAACGCCCACAAGAUCACCUCGUCCUUCUACACACACCAAGCCCGCAAAUUCCGCAAUUCUGACUUCAAAGACUUUGACUACAUCUUUGCCAUGGACACCAACAAUGAGGACUAUUUGCUGAACGCAAGAAAGAGAAUGAUCAAANAGGGAGAGGUGACAGAAGAAGAGGCUGGUAAGGUUAUGCUGUUCGGUGUUUGGGGUGGUAAGGGCCAGGAAGAAGUGGAUGACCCCUACUAUGGUGGCUCCAGAGGAUUCGAUAUUGCAUAUGAGCAGGUCGAGAGGUUCUCGAAUGGUUUUGUCAAGAUGUUGGAGGAGCGUGGUUUCGGGAAGAACUGA